AAAACAUGACAAAAACACGAUAAAUUUACUAAGUUUAUCCAGUAUUAUUCAUCUAAACAAUAUCAGAAGAUAAGAUCAUAUUCGAUAUUACCGCUUUGUCACCAUGGUUGUGGUAAAAGAUUUCAGGAAAGAUUUUUAUGACCCCAUUCAAACUCAGCGAGUUUUGGUCCUGGUGGCAUUAGAUGUGGAUGCACUGUGCGCUUUGAAGAUAUUGCAGUACCUAUUCCAAUGUGACCAUGUUCUGUACACCAUCAUGCCGGUGUCUGGGCGGCAAGAAUUGGAAACCGCUUUUAUGGAGAACUGUGAGGGAAUCAAGUGUGUUAUGAUGCUGAAUUGUGGAGGUAACAUCGAUAUUGUUGAACUCCUUCAACCUGAUGAGGAUGUGACAUUUUUCAUCUGUGAUAGUCACAGGCCAAUAGAUGUUCACAACAUCUACAAUGUGAAACAAGUGCAGCUGAUUCUGAAGGAAGAACUGGAGGAUGUGCCAGAUUUCAAUGAAAUAUUCAGAGAAGAAAAUUCUGAUGAUGACUCGGGAAACGAGAGUGAUUCAUCCGAGCGUGCUAACAAGAGACGACGGUUUGAUGAAGAGUCACUAAACCGCAAGAGAGAGAAGCGGGAAUGGUGGAACAACCGGGAGCGGACACUGUUUGAAUACUAUGAGUUCAACUCACAUGGCAUGUCUACUGCAGUGACAAUAUUUGAGUUGGCGUGGAAGAUGUCGAAGGAUACAAAUGAUUUGCUGUGGCUUGCCACCAUAGGUCUCACCGACCAAUUCGUCCACUAUAAAAUCAACAGAGAAAAAUAUAUAGAAAGUUUGGGAUCUCUUCAAUCACAUGUUUCAAGACUCAACCACAGAGGUGACGACGAGGACACAAAGAAGUCGAUAUCAUCAUUGAAGUUGGCCUUUGAAGAGGAGCUACAGCUAAACUUGUAUAGACAUUGGACGUUGUUUGACAGCUUAUGUCACUCUGUCACAACUGCAUGUAAAUUCAGGGUGUGGACAAUGAAGGGAAAGAAGAAACUGCACGAAUUCCUUGCAGAUAUGGGUUUGCCAUUAGUACAGUGCCAGCAGAAAUAUAUGUCGAUGGAUGUUAGUCUUCGGACUUCUGUGAAGGAAAUGAUAAGCAAUAAAGCAGAAAAAUAUGGGUUAUCACCAUCCGAAAUCUUCAUUCCAUCUUUCUUGGCUCAGUAUGGUUACCGUAACAAGUUAUGUGCCAUGGAUGUGGCCUAUGCAUGUGCAGCAUUAUUGGAAUCAGUGGAGAAGUCAAAGAAGCAGUCUGACUGUUUCCUCGAUGCUCUGGAUCUCCUGACUCGGGAUAGAAGCACCAUGUUGGAGAAAGGCCUAGAGAAUGCCAAGACUCAACUGAAAGCUGUUGUAAACCAAGUGAAUUCAUUCUUAGACAUGACCCAAGUCAUAUCAGCUGGGCCAUUCCUUUAUGCCUUCAUCGGGGAGGGCACUCCAGAUGUGAAGUUUUUUGCUAAGCCAAUAUGUCUUCAGAAGUUAGCCAAGUUUACACUAAAGGCCCAUUGUGCAAUGAGUAAGAGUCGUAAGGCGCCCACCCUCCCUCUCCUACUUGGUGCAGCUUUAGACAAUGACCGGGGGACAACAUUAGUGGUUGGCAUCCCACCUCUCGCUGAAGACGAUGGUAGAAAUUUCUUUGGUAAGGCAUUUGAACAAGCUGCUGAGAGUACAAGCUCAAGGAUUCUACAGGAUAGCUUUGAUUCCAAUAUUGUGGAAAUGAAAACCGAAGAUCGCAGCAAGUUUUUUGAUGCUUUAAUUAAUCUGAUGCAAUAUGAUUGAACGGAUGCUGAUGGAACGAUCCAAUGUGUCCGUGUUGGAAUGAUGAGAAGUGACUAUGUGCUUAUGUUGUGAGCUUUGAGUGUCAAUGGAGAAUGAAAUGUAAAAACACUAUCGAGUUUCUGUUGGUUCUGACGUGAAUAUUGUCUAGAUGGCAGCACUUGCCUGACAAUGAGAUACUGUGUUGAUGUGUUUUUAUGCCAGUACAGCUAUUAGGAAUCUCACGUCACAGCUCAAAUGACUCUACUGUAUGUUUGGAGGUGGAUGAAAUGCCUAUGUGCUAACGUCAUGAAGUGUAUCAUGAUGUAAAUGGGGUUAUUGAGGACUUGCAAUAUACCCCAUAGAGGUCAAUCAAGGCCAGAAUCUACAAACAUGUACAUGUAUAAGUGGGGAUCGACCUAAAGCAAGGUUGCAGCAUGUGAACCGGCCAAGUAUAGAAUUGUUCAUACCUCAGUUGCAUUUAUCUUGUUUAUAGUGUCUCGUCCAACACAUAAAUGUAAUCACACAAUAUAUUUUGU